AUGGCAGGCUACGCUUACGGCGGUGCAGGUGCCAGCUCAUCGGCGAGCCGGCGUCCGGCUAGGGCCGACACGCUCGACCUCAAGCAGAAGCUGGCCGUCGCCCUGGGCGAAAACGGCACAAAGUACUGGCAGACGUUUGUCCAGUUCUGCAAGGGCGCCAUCGACCGGUCCGAGUUCGAGGAGCUGGCGCAAAAGUGCCUCAAGUCGGAGCAUGUCCACCUCCACAACUCGCUCAUCCUCGGCAUCCUCUACAACGCUAGCGCCGAUGUGCCCGGACCUUCGUCUGGUAGGCGCGGUGGCAGGACGCGGGUGCGGAGGAGGCUACCCGACGGCACCAUCCUCUCCGACGACGAGACCGACGACGAGGAGCCGAGCAAGAAGCGCCUGCGUGCUCUCGUCGCCGGCCUGCCCAAAAAGGAGCGGAUGCGGCUCAAGAACCUCGAGCGAGCGGGCAAGCUGGGAACCAACUCGGCCGGCGGCGCGCUGGGCCUCGGGUGGGCUGGCUCGGCCGCCGACUUGCUGGAAAAGAAGCGAAAGGAAGAGGAAAAGCGCAAGGUGGUGGAGGACCGCCGCAAGGUGAGGGAGGUCAAGAGCGCCAUCGGGGCCCGCGAUUGGAAGGGCCAGACGCUGCAGUCUGCCAACCACCUCGAUGCGGUCCGGGGCAAGCUGUCUCUGUCCACGCAACAAGCCGUUGCACGGGCGAUGCUGGCACCGCUCUGCGUCGAGUCAAAGCACCUUCCAGACCUCGAUGGCAUCCGCGAUCGCAUGACGCUGUUGGCCGUCGAGUCGGGGAUGCCCGGCGGCGUUCAACCCCAGGCAGCAGCCAUGGUGCUGUCCGCCCUGCAGGACCACCUCCACAACGUCGCCACCAGCAUCAUCACCAAGAUCCGAGCGAAUCGUCCCAACGGCAUCAGGACGAUUGAUCCGCAGCUGCCUGCGUCGCUGUCGCCGGUGAAGAACGCCGCAUACGGGCGCGGAGCCUACACGACGUCGCCGGCGCACACCUCGAUGGAGCUUGACGACAGCGCGGCGCCCUCGGAGCAGAACAGCCCGACCCGGCAACUGCGCGGCCUGCACUCGGAUCUGUCGUCCCGCGCCAGCACGUCUGGCGUCGGCACAUCGUUUGCAGACUCGUCGAUGCUCUCGCUGGCCAGCACCGCCCCGACGAGCCUCACCGGUCCAUCUUCGCCCUCGGUGCGCGACGGCGACAGUUCGCAGCUGCACGACUCCUCUUUCACCGCCAGCCAGGAUGACGACGAUGACGACCAUCACCGGCAGGCCAACGGGAUAUCCGCCAAGAAGUCGCAUCUGCACGCGCUCUCGUCGUCGUCUGCGCCGUCGACGCCCGUCGAGAACGGCACGGGUCGCCUGACGCUCGCCGACAUGUCCUUCCUGCUGGAGCUGGCUCCGCACAGCGUCGUCGAACCCAUGGGCCAGGGGACGCAGGAGCGCUUGCUUGCGCCCGACUGGGACGAGGACGCCAUCCUGGCUUCGGCGGGCGACUACGAUCGCCUGGUGGUGGAGACGGCCAAGCGGGCUGCCACGACCAAGAUCUCGGACAUCGGAGGCGAGGGCAAGGAGGCGGCCAUGUCGUCUGGCGUGCGCGGGCGGUUUGUGAUCGACCAGUCCGCCCCGCUGCGCCUCCUCGACCGCAAGGGGCUCGCCGAGAGCGCGGUGCGGCCGACAAAGAGUGGACUGUCGCUCUCCGGCACCAACGGCGCCGCCGCCGCCACGUCGGGCCUCUUCAAGGACAGCGCCGCAGGAAAGGGAGCGGGCGCGAUAGGCGUGCUGCACGACGUCAACGGCCGCAAGUCGGCGAAUAGAGACGCGCCGUCAGCAUCGGCCGCGGCUGCUCUGGCGGCAGCCAAGGGUCGAGAGGAGCUCUGGGACGUUGUCGACCCCGUGGCGCUGUUUGAGUCGCUGUGCGAGUAG